AUGGAUUCACAUUUAGCCGCAGCCCUCAGUGCCAUUACCAAUAACAACAUUAUUACCUACGAUGAUUCUAAAUAUAGAUAUAGGAGGAGUAUUCAGUUAAAUCAAGAAGCACUUCAUCAAUCUCAUUUAGUCGGUGGGAUAGUGCCAACAACUCUUCGGAGAAUGCCCUCUAAAGCUACCCAACCAUUUAAAAAGAUUAUAUUUGUAAAGACUUUGAGCGAUAAAACCAUUACAAUUUCAAUUGAAAGUUUUAAUAUAACUGUUUACGAAUUAAAAUCGAUCAUUCAAGAUGAGGAAGGCAUUAAACCAGCUAAUCAACGAUUAAUCUAUGCUGGUAAUCAACUUUUAGAUGAAUUCAAGUUAUCAGAUUACAGAAUAACUUAUAACUCCACCUUGCAUUUAAUAUUAAGUGGUGCUAAUGAUGCACUAUUUAUCCAUCCAAAUCUUCUUGAUCCAAGAUUUGAUUUUGAUUUUACAAAUGUAAAUGAUCAUGGAAAAACCUUUAUGCGAGGUUCUUUUGAAUAUAAACGUCCUUGUGGUUGGAAAAGAAUUGCCCUUAACGUUCUUGACAAAUAUGAAAAUAAUCUUUGGCUUGGUGUAGGUGGUAAUAGAAGAAGUCAUUUCACUAAUUCCGUAACCAAUGAAUGGCCAGUUUCUUACCAUGGAACUGCCGAGCAUAAUUUUAAAUCAAUCGCUCAAGACGGAUAUCUGUUGUGUAAGGGUAAACGAUUCAGAUUUGGGCGUGGAAUUUAUUCAACACCGGACAUUGAUGUCGCAUCUAGAUAUGCUACCAAAUACACUUUUAAUGGAGAGCAGUAUUUAGUUGUAUUUCAAAAUAGGGUUAAUCCGAAUAAUUUGGUUAGAAUUUCAAAGAGUGAAACUGGAAUUGGUGAAUAUUGGAUUUCACCGGAUGGAGCGGACUUACGUCCUUAUGGCUUGUGUAUCAAGAAAGUUUAUUUUUGA